UCAGUAAGGGUCGAAGCAGUCGUCGAUUACAGCGUUAUAUAUAAGAUGUGCACAGCUUCCUCAGCGUAGUACGUUUUGUUUAUCGUAGGACUACGCAAGCAAUACAUAUACACAAUAAACACGAUGGGAAAAUUUCUGAUCCUUGUUCUUGCCUUAGUUGCCGUAGUAGCUGCGCGUCCAGGCUAUGGCGGUGGUGGUCAUGGUAGUCAGGGCCAUGGAGGAUUCGGUGACUCUGGGUUUGGUGGAGGUCAAGGGGGCGGCCACGGGGGUAACCAAGGCUUAGGAGGAGGCAGUCAUGGAAGUUUUAGUGGACACGAUUCCGGAUUUGGUGGGGGUCAUCAAGGAGGUGGUCAUAAUGGAGGAUCUGAAGGCAGCCACGGUGGCCUUGGAGGUCAUCAAGGUGGAUUCGGUGGUGGACACGGCGGAUCUGGACAUCAAGGAGGCUUCGGAGAUGGCGAAGGACGUGGCAUCGGGGGUGGACACGGCGGAGGAUAUGGUGGUCAUUAUUAAAUUUGACAUGGCAGGAUUUAAUUAAAAUAAAUUUUCCAAUUUA